UAGUCCAAAUGGGAUUGCAACGCAGUGGAGCGGAGGCCCCACAGCAACGGCCCCCCAUGCUUGACUGUUGUCGUCGCGGUUUGGUCAGGGAGGACAGGAAUAGCGGGGCUUCUAUUGGUGCAACCUGUAGUACCUGCUCCCAUAUUGCUGCUGUUCCCACUGCACAGUCUGCAUUUGACGAUGUCGCGUAGCGUGGCUGAUCAGCAGCCGCUCAUUUGCCCAGUCUCUUAGAACGUGCGUUCGUUCUGCCGUAAGUCGCGUUUAAGUCCUGCCGGCGACCAUGCUGCUCAUCGCAGCGAAUCUGUGGUGCCCAGAGUGAUCGCGGAGGGCCUUCGCGUACUAGCUCGGUCUCACGUCCAGACGAGACUUCUUGCGAGGAGAUUCGAGAGAAUCUCUCAAUUUCGUCGCACGCUUCCCCUGCAGUUGUUGGCUUUUCCCAGCGCAAUCUGCGUUUUUAGGGUACGUUUGUGGUCAGAUUCGCUCCGCGUAACGCGCAUAUGCGUCGCGCUCGUUAAUAACCCCAGUGAGCCCACUAAGCGUAUGGAGUAUCAUCAGUCAGCGGGCUGUAAUCACCAUCCCGUCGCCACGCGUUCCGGCUACGUGGCGUUCAUCGAGAGGCUCCUUCCCCCCUGUCCCUGCGGCUGCGGCUCGCACGAGUCGUGCCCAGCUGCGAUAGUAGCCUCCGCUCCUCCCGCCGCAUUAGACGCUCAUGCCGCCGCUCCGCUGCCGACUAAGGCUCCAGCGGGCCACCUGCCGUGGCAAGCUACUAGUAGGCAGUCGGAGCCGACGCCUAUUCCCUCCCAGAGCCCGCAAGGGCCGCGUUUGGCGGCGAUACCGCGCACCGUCAGCUUCGAUAGCACGUCCGCCAUGGCAGCUGCGACCGGCCGCGGCGCGACCGGCGCAGGCGGCGCAGCUCGCCGAGUGGAUCUGAUGGCUCUGCUGGAAUCUUGGGAGAAGGAGCUCGGAACGUCGUCGGAUGAGGAUGCCGCAGAGGGGCGCAGGAUUCCCCGCUACGGCGCGGGAAAGCCGCGCGGGGAACGCUUUCCGGCGGAUCGGUUUACCAGGUUCUCGUCGUUCAACGGCUCUUCCAGCGCCGCGAGGGCAUGCGCGGAAGGAUCCGCGGAGGGGGUCCCGGAAGGGUCGGCGGAGCGGAACGAGAGUGUGGCGCAGGGGAGCGCCACGGCGGCGGCGGCGGCGGAGGUGGCGGUGGCGACGACGUGGAAUCACAGCAGAGUGGGGCGAAUCACCAAAUGGCGGAAUGCCGCAGAUGACGGCGCUCCGACGAAGCCAGCCGACGGCGGACUCUCCAGAUCCUUCCAAGAACGUGCGUUUCGGCGGCAGGCCUCGUUCGUGGAGCCGUCACGCGCUGCAAAUAGGCCGCAACCGUGCGUCGCGACUAGUAACGGGUCACCGGAGCACGCUUUUGUCGCGUACAUUGCUCGAGAGCGGUCCAGCCUGGAGGUUCUCGAAGACGCCGCGUCGCAUUUCUGCGGCGCCGCGCACCGCUCGCGCUCCGGCGAAGAUCCGGCAGCGAGUAGCGAGUCUGCUUAUACCGGAGCAAACGAGAGCCGAAACGUCCUCCGAGCGGCGUCCGACGAGACGAGAAUGUCAGAAGGUUUCGCGGAAGCAGCGCAGCCACUAGAUCCGCCGGAGGAAGUGAGCCGCGCGCUGGCGGUGCUGUCGCAGUGGCGCGCCAAGACGCUCGGCGGGCGACUUGAGAGCGGGAGACAGCAAGGCAGCAACACCAAGUCGGCGCGGUCCGCCGGCCCACCGGAUAUGGUUGCUUCCGCCGCUUCCGGCGCGUGUUCCGCUGGUUCCGCGGGUUCGGCUGCGAUCUCCGCAGUGCUGCCUCUCUCGUCCGCCCCUUCGCCUCCCGCCAGCCCUUCCGCCCUCCCGCGCUCCCCCACCUUUCCCCCUUGCAAUGGGUCCCCCGGUUCCCCGCCUUCCGACUCCUCCCCCUCCCGCACCUCCUCCACCUCCUCCGCCGCCGUCCCCAUCGCGGCGCCCGUUUCCGAUGCCACGUCAGCAGCCGCCACCGCACUUGCCAUCAUGCCAAUCAUGUCGAGGCACGUGCAUGCGCUCGGGCUGGUGGGCGGGCAGAGGGGGAUGGGCGGACAAGCUCCGCGCAACGCGCGCGCGGAUGGCGCAGAUGGCGGGAGGUUGUCCACUGGCGGGGAGGGGGAGAAGGGCGGUGAUUGCGCCAAUCGCAACGGUGGGGAUCCGGCCAGUAGAAGCCUUGGCAGGGGCUGGGGGAGCGGGGGGGAGUGCGACGAGGGGCAGGCGGGGAGGAUCGGGGGACUUGGCGCCGGCGCCGGCGCAGGCGCGGGAACGGGGGCGAGUGCGGGGUUGGUUCCCCCCCGAAGCCACGUGCAGGCGCUGUUGGAGGACGCGCGGAGCCGGCGCGAGGCGUAUCUGCGCAUCCGAAGCCGCAGCGCGUCGAUGUCCCUCUCCCCCUUUACAUUCGCCACGCAUACAGUUACUCCCCCGCACGACCCUCCCCCCGCUACUGUCACGCCCGUUCCAGUCACAUCCCGGGCUCAUACUUUCUCGCGCCUCGACAUUCCGCUAUCGCCGCACUACCUUUCUUCCACCUCCCCCUCCCCCUCGCCUUCCCCCUCCCCGUCCCUUCCCCCGCCGCUCGCGCUUUACGCGGGCGCGAAUUCUCCCCCGCUCUCCCUGGCGCACAUUCAAAUGCUGUCGCACGCGCGCGGAAGCCCGCCCGAGAAGGCGGGUGGAGAUGGGGAAGGCGCAGAAGGCGGAUCAGCGGGGGAAGCGGGAGGAGCGGAUUUGGGUUCCGCGCAAUCCCACCGCCACAUCUCCGUAGCGGGUUGCAUUGCGGCGGCCUCCAUGGGCGCAGCAGGCGGAGGGUUGGGCGCAGCAGGCGGAGGGUUAGGCGCAGCAGGCGGAGGGUUGGGCGCAGCAGGUGGAGCGGAGGCGGUACAGGCGUGGCGGCAUGGAGAAGGGCAGGCGCAGGCGCAGAGGCGCAGUGGCAUGCCGCCCCUGUCCCCGCGGUCGUCCGCGCCCUCGGGGGUCACUCUGUUCGGCGCGAGGGGCGCAGGUGGCAGCCGCGUGGGCGGCAGCGCAAUGGGCAGCAGUGCAAUGGACGGCAACGAGAUGGACAAACUCGGUGCAGGUUCACGGGUGGCGCAAAAGCCCGACGCAGCGCGCACUCUCUUCGCCUCCCCCUCCUCCACUUCCCCCCCUUCCCCCUCCGCCUCCCCCUCCCCCCGCGCGCCCCUUCCUGGCGGCGCUUCUCUUCCGCGCAUCCCCAUCAGCCCGCCCGUCUCCGCGGGUAGCCCGCGCUGCCUCAGCGGCGACGCAAGCAGCAUCUUCAGCGUCAGCGGCAAAGGCGGCGGCAGCAACAGCAGCAUAAGAGUAAGCAGCAGCAAUGGCGGCAUCACGAGCAGCGUCAGCAGCGGCGCCAUCAGUGGCAGCAGCAGCAGCGAGUCGCAGCAGCCAUCCCUCAUUCCUGUGAGCCGCAGCUUCGACCUCAGCGCCAUUCGCGUCCGCGGCAGCAGGGACAGCAGCAGCGGAGGCAGUGGGGAGGAGGGCAGCGGGAGAGGCGCAGGGGCUGGCCCAGGUGGCGCGGGGGUGAGGGGGAAGCAGCGGGGAGGGGGGAGCAGGGAGCCGGUUAAGAGCGUGUCGUGGGAGGGCAGGGAGGGCACGGAGGGGAGGGAGGGGAGGGAGGGGAGGGAGGGGAGGGAGGGCAGGGAGGGGAGGGAGGGGAGGGAGGGGAGGGAGGGGAGGGAGGGGAGGGAGGGGAGGGAGGGCAGGGAGGGGAGGGAGCAGCAAGGGGAGGCGUGGCAGCGGCAGCAGAGGAUCGGCAGGCGCUCAGUGGUCUUCUCACCCGACGUCGCCCAUGCUGCUUCCCAUAGUGCUUCUUAUGGCGCCCCCCAUGGCAGGGACGAGAGGUCGUCUCACUCGGCUGUCAAGCAGAGCUUCUCCGGCCCGCUGCCCCUGUCGCACCCACCACCCACACCAGUCUCACCUCCAUCCGUCUCCCCUCCCCCCCCGUCGCCACACUCCUCGUUCUCCGGCCCCCUCUCCUCCUCACCCUUCUCCGGCCCUCUGCCUGUGUCGCACCUACCAGUCUCACCUGCCCCCCCGCCGCCUCACUCCUCGUUCUCCGGCCCUCUUUCCUCCUCGCUCCCCUCCGCCUCGCCCCUCACCCGCGGAUUCACGCGGGCGUCUCUCAAGCGCUCGCCCUCCCCCCGGGCGGCCCACGAGUCAACGCAGUCAACGCAGAAGGCGCCUUCCCCCAAGAUGGGGUUUGAGUGGGGGCAGAAGGCGCCUUCCCCUCGAGUGAGAGGCGGAGGAGCAGCCACAGGUAAGGCCGGGCCUGCUGCCAGCAGCCCUCCCAGCAGCAGCAGCAGCAGCGUUGGCUGUGGCGCUGGCAGCAUGGCAAGCAGCAGUGCAGGCAUCAGCGGCAGCCGCACCACUGGCACCGCUGGCACUGGUCGCUUCCCGUCAAGCCGGUCGGUGGAUGCAGGCCCUGCUAAUGCUGCUGCUGCUGCCGGUACGCGCGCACGCAAGCUACGCAUUGGGGAGAGAGAGGAGGAGUGGGCUUCAGCGUCAGCAGCCGUGGCAGCUGUGGCAGCAACAGGUGCAGCAGCCAUGGCAGGAGCAGCAGCAGGGGUAGGAAGGCUAACAGAAGCGGGAUGUGAGCAUGUGAAUCGGUCGGUGCGGAUCCCUGCUGCCAUGAGAAUUCCUCCAGCCAUCCUCGUUCCCUCUCCCUCCUCUUCCUCCCCUUCCAUCUCCUCCCUCUCCUCCUCCCUUCCCUCCUCUUCCUCCUCGCUCUCCCUCUCCUCCCUCUCCCUCUCCCUCUCCUCCUCCCCUUGCCCCACCGGCCAAUCCCCCAUGGUGCCCUCGACUACGUCCACUCUCCGCUGCCCCCCUGUCCCCUCUCCCCUCUCCCCCACUCCGCCCUCACUCGACCUCCCCCCCUUGCCCCCAUCCUCGCCACACGACCCCUCCUCCUCCUGCUCCGUACCCUCCUCUCCUGCUUCUUCCCGUCUCCAUGCUCACGGGAGCAUGGACCCGUCUCAGACACCACCUGAAACAGCACCUGAAGCUUCCGGUGUUGUUACCAGCAGCAGCAGCAGUGUCCGCAGCAGCUCUGACCCCCACGCUGCUGCUGCUAGCAGUCUCAAAAGCAGCGCCUCCUUGCUAAAGCGACCCGCCACUCCGUACCCUGCUCCAGCCGCCACUACUGAGCCUGCCGCAGCUGCCGAGCCUGCACCAGCUGCCCUCACCGAGCCUGCUGCGGAGGUUCGGGGAAGAGCCGCGGGGCACAGCGAGCCCAUGAAGCGGGUGGUUCGGGGAGGUAAGGAUGGCUCGGCGCCAUGCAACGGCCAGGCUUCCCUCUCAGGCUCCUUUCCUGCUGUUGCAUCCUCUCGAGGGGGUGCCUCUCAAGGGGAUGCCUCUCAAGGGGGUGGCCUCCGCUCCCUCUCUCCGCCCUCUGCCCUCCGUGUCUCAGCCGCUGCCAAUGCCCGGCAUGGUGGCACUACUCACGAUGCUCGUGACGGUGACAACGCCAAGGGUACGCGCAGUAGGCGUGGUGGGUUGGGGCAUCAAAGGGAGCCUGGUGAGACGAGAGUCGGUGAGGUGAGGGCUGCUGCGGUGAAGGGAAGUGAGUUUUCCUCUGGGGAAGAGGAGAUAGUGUCCAGCCCUGCCUCGUCUGCUGCCUACUCCCCCUCCUCCUCCCCUUGCUCCUCCUCCACUCCCUCUUCUUCCUGUUCUAGCUUUAUUGAGGCGAACACCAGUGGUACCAGCAGCAGCGGCAUCAGCGGCAGUUGCAGCGAUGGUCAGGCAGAGAUCGCAGAGAAGGCGCGUUCGAGAGGAAGGCAAGGUGAGAAGUGGGGCCUGAAACAGCUGCCACAGCAGGAGCAUGGGGAGAAGCAGAACCACCAACACCAGCAGCAGCAGCAGCAGCAGCAGCAGCAGGAGGGGGAGGAGGAGGAGGAAUUGAAGGCAGGCAUGGAAGCCGCAAGGCGGUACGUGCUGCGACGGCCGUAUUCCAACGUGCAUGCCGCUUACAACAUGGACGAGGAGGGGGGCGUGGUCGCAGUGUUGUGUGAUGGGCAGGGAAGCAUUUCUCAGUUGGGAGUGAUCACACGGGCCUGUAUGUGCCGGCGGACCAAGCGGCAGUACGAGUGCCGCACGGCGCGCAAGGACCUGCUGAGGAGUGCCGCAGCGGUGGAGGCGGUGGGGCGGGAGGUGGCGAUGAUGGAGAUAGUGCGGGGCGCGCCGCAUGUCGUCGUCAUGCAACGGGCGUUUGAGGACCCGGAGGCUAUCCACAUGGUCAUGGAGCAUUGCGCUGGGGGCAGCCUCUCUGACCACCUGGCCGCCUGCCGGACCUACCCCGAGCCUGACGCCGCGGCUGUGGUUCGGCAGGUGGCGGUGGCUCUGGCGGCGUGCCACGAGAUGGGCGUGCUGCACCGGGGGGUGAGGGCCGAGAGCGUGCUGCUGGCGUCUGAGGGGAGCCACGUGGAUGUGAGGCUUGCUGGGUUUGAAGAUGCCACCUUCUUUGAGCCGGGUCGCCCGCACACGGACCCAGUGGGCGCGCCAGCGUACAUGGCCCCAGAGAUGAUCCAGGGGCAAUACGGCCCCGAGGCCGACGUGUGGAGUCUGGGCGUGCUGCUGCACCUGCUGCUCUCAGCCCACCUGCCCUUCUCCGCCCACUCCCCCGCCGCCCUCCUCUCCUCCAUCCUCCACGACCCCAUCUCCAUACUCGGUACAACUACCAACUGUGCACAGCGUUUUGGGGAGUUGCCGCCCGGUGCUGUGCCGCCCAGUGGAGGGGUGCCUGGUGAGCUUGUGGCAAGGGGCCCAUCGUCAGCUGCGUCUUCACCGGGGUCAGCGGUGUCCCAGUGCUCCUCGUUCACAGGUGCCCCAAUGGCUCAGACAUCCCCGGCAGGCCAAGGAGCAUUUGAGCUAGUCAGUGGUGAGUCGGCAUCACAUGCCCUUGGAGGAGUGCCGGGAACAGCCACUGCUGGACAGGACGUGACUGAUGGAGUCUCUGAGGUGGAGGGUUUACUUGGGGAGGGUGUGUGCCAGGUGUUGCUAUCUGAAUCUGCACUUGAUCUGCUGCGGCGUAUGCUCGAGAAGGACCCUAGGAAGCGCAUUGAGCUUGAGCAGGUUCUUCAACACCCGUGGAUUCAAGAGUAGUGCAGUAUAGAGACGACAAGUUAAUGUAUUGUUGACGCCCAUUCUUUGAAUUAUAUAUCAGAAAGAGUAAUGAACUAGAAU